AUGAGUACAUCUUUAAUAAAAGAUGAAAUAAAGGAAGAAAUAAAGGAAGAAAUAAAAGAUGAAAUAAAGGAAGAAACAGUUGAUGACAUUAACAAUUCAGAAUGUUCAGAGACAUAUGACCCAGAUGAAGAAGACCAUCAAAACAUUAUAUUCAAAAAAUUUUUAUUAGGAGAUAAAAAAUUUCCACAAAAUUUAGUUGGUCGAUUUGCAGAGUUAUGGGGAAUGAUGGAACAAGAAUUAAAACCAAAUGGAGUAUUUGCUUUGCACUGGGACGAAUUUACAGGAGACGAUGAUUUUAAAGACCUUCCUCCAGUUAAGCCAUGGCAAGACACUACAGUUACAGAUGCUUUAGUGUCAUGUUUCAAUUAUGGUUUGAAUGAAAAGUUUUGGAUGAACUAUAGAAAGAAACAUGACUUACUUAAGAAAUACCUUGAUGAAAUAACUGGGACUGAAAAGGAAAAGACAUAUGAGCGAGGAAGAGUUGAGCAUCAGCGAGACUCAUCGAGGUAUUCAAGAAGUCAUUCAAGAAGGAGAAGAAGUAAAUCUAAAGGUCAUUAUUCACGGAGUAGAUCUAGAGAUCGUUAUCUACGAAAUAGAUCAAAAAGUCAUUAUUCAAGAAGUAGGUCAAGAAGUUCCGAUAAGUAUUAUAGUCGUACUAGAAGAAGUAGAAGUAGAAGAAGGAGUGGUUCUAGAAGACGUAGACAUCAUUAA